CGCUGCUGCUGCUGCUGUUUCGCCCUUCGCUGCUCGCUUCCGAAACAGCUUCAGCCGUAUUCGAUCGCUGAGCAGAAGGGCCCAGCGCUCCUCGCUGUCUCACGUGCCCGAGGAGGACUCCCGCUGCCCCUCCGCCACCGCCCGCACCGCCGUCACCACCACCAUGCAGCCGCCCGGACACGGCAGCGCGCUUGCAUCCCUGGACCCGCACCCCUCUGUGGAUCAAGCGGAGGAGGAGGCCUCGAGCGACACACGAGAUGACGGCAGCGACGAGGGCGGCAGCGCUAGCGAGGAUGAUUACGUUGAUGAGGAAGAAGACAAGGGUAAACUGCAGCAACAGGAGGCC